AUGGGAGGAGCAGUGGGUGAAGAAGGGUACAUGGCCGCUGCAAGGAACAUGUCACACCAAGACGCGGUCAAUCUUGGCUGCCAAGUUGGUGAUUCAUCCGUGCGUAGCCAAGAUAAGCGGUAUGCAAAUAUGACUCGGGCGAGCAAGCAGCCGAAUUUAUCAAACGAACAGCUGGAGGAAAACCGGUCCAUGUGCCGUAAGAAGUCCCCUCCAGCGCCCGUCUUGCAUCUCCUGACAAAAGGGAGCUUCGGCAGUGGAGCACCAACACCCUACGAGCCCUGGCUCUUCCGGACGGUGCCGUGA